CAGCUGAAUUGGUGCAGCGCUGGCUGUCUUUUGCAUUAUUCGGCUAUCAAACCUUUUAAUUUAUAAACCUCAUUACGCUGCGACAGCGUGCUGCUGCUUUUCGGGCCGGCGAACAGCAACGUGAGCACACUGCACAUACUGCGCUGCGCUGCGCAAGCUUUUGCGGCUGCAUUGCUGGCUUUUGCGGCUGCACAGCCCCAAAGCAAGCGAUGGCCAUCGCUGGCCGUAGAACUCGAAAGUGGUGCCGCAGCGCGCGCCGCGCCGCCGCAAGAGAACGGAAAAACCGCCGACGAUUGGGCAUCGAGGCGCUACUCGGCCCCCGCAGCGCCAAGUACUUCUUCCGCGAGUCCUGGGAGCAGCGGCCGGAACUGUACAGACGCAGCUGCGACGCAUCAAUACUAGCGUCGCUGCCGCGCUGGCGCGACCUGUCCGCGAUUUUUGCGGCAGCCUAAACGCCACCCGCCCAAGGCAUCGUCAUGAGGGACGGCGCCGCGUCGCGCGACUACGCGUCGGCGGCGCACGCGUGGUUGGAUGGAUGCUCGUUAAUAGUGAACCGCGCGGAUUGCGUGGACGAGGCGUGCCGGCGGCUCUCGGUUUCACUGAGAACGCACCUGCCUCAUGCCUAUGUUCAAUUGUACGCCACGCCACCACAUGCCCAGGCCGUCGACGCGCACGCCGACGAUCGAGAUGUUUUUGUCGUCCAGCUCGAAGGGCGGAAGUCCUGGGUUGUGUACGCCGUGCCGCCAGUUUCGUUCCCGAACAACGACGAACAAGCCGGCAAGGCCUUUGCGCUGCCCGCGGACUUUGAAUCUCAAGCGCCGCGGGCCGUCGAAACUACAUUAAAUCGGGGCGACGUCUUGUACGUUCCCCGCGGCUUCGUGCACGCGGCGACCUGCGGCGCGGAGCCGUCGCUGCACGCCACCGUCGCCGUCGCGACGUACGACUGGACCUGGGCGAAGCUGUGCGCGUCGGCGGCCGAGGAGUGCUGGCUCGGCCGCACGCCGGCGAAAAUCGCCGCGCGCCUCGAGAAGUACACGUACUGGAGAAGGUGCGCGGCACCGCCCCUCGUGUGCGACGGGCAUGGUUCCAAAGCUUGGCAGCGGGCUGUCGCGGAGCUCGACAAGCUGGCCGGCGUGGUCGGCGUCGAGCCGAAUGAUGUGAUAGGCGCGUGGAAGGAGCGCCUCGCGCCGCACCGCGCCGCGCAGGACGCGCCGCUGGCCGGUCGCGACGGCAUGGGUGUCACGGACCGGGGUGUUUAUGUGAGACGAAGACGGUCGGGCGAAGACCGCGACGACGUCGAGCGCGACGACCGCGGCGGAUUACAAGCGCGGGAAGAGUUGCAGGCCGUGCUGCCGCAGUUGCUCGGCGCCGUUUCGCAAGAGCCGUGCCGCGUCGACGAAAUCUGGAAAGCCCUCGACCCCUUUUCAAGGAUCGCCCUUGCAUAUGUCGGACGCGCA